UUCAGCUCAUUUUGAAGAGAAAUAUAUGUACCACACAAAUGUCCAGAGGCGCCUUUUGUCAAAAGCAGUACCUACUAUCUUUAACUUUCCAUCACAUUUACAAAAGCAAGAUAAAGUAUUACGACCACAACCCAGAAGGCGAUCUUUCGACAAUCUGCAAGAUAGUGCUGUUACAGUGACAUCAUUAGCACAAAUGCCUGUCGGACCCACAUCUGUUUCUGCUGACCACAAUUACUGUCUACCAAGCCCUAAGAAGUUGAAAACACAAUAUAACAGAGUACAAGUAGAGAAUGUGCGACUAAAGAAGCGGAUAAAGCAAAUGAAGCAACUUAGUGUACGACACAAAAGAAGAAUAGUGCAGUUACAGACUUUAGUUGCUGGUUUGAGAAGAAGGCUAUGUAGUUCAGUUUCUGAUAUGUUAAACAGUGAACAUGUAGUUGGUUUGUUGAAGGAGCUAUUGGAACUUCAGUGCAUUGCUAAAGUAUGCCAUUAUUCUCAGCAUAUAAGGAAAUUUGCCCUGACCCUACACUUUUAUUCUGCCAAGGCAUACAGCUCCUUACGAAAAUUUGUGAAAUUACCCCACCCAAGAACGCUUCGCCGUUGGGCAAUGUCAGUGGGUGGCCAUCCAGGUUUUACUGAGGAGGGUUUCACUAAAAUUGCCUCUGAAGUUGAGAAUAGCACAACCCAAAUUUUUGCAACAUUGAUGUUUGAUGAGAUGGCUAUUAAGAAGGACCUUGUUUGGGAUGGGGAAAAAAUAAGAGGCUGUGUAUAAUGAGACAGGUGACAAACAAAAUUAACUGUACUGACUGCUUAGAAGGUAUUUUUGCUUGUAUUGAGGCUAAAAGAACUGGAUUGAUUGCAGUGAAAGAUGUGAAAACCAGUUUAAUCAAUCCAACUAAUGAUGUUGUUAAACUUUGUAAUGUUGCUGAGAAGGUUUUAAGAAAUAAUGAGGACAUAAUCCUGAAAUGUCAGAAAAACUUUUUGUUGAGGCUCCAGACAGAAGUGUUGCAAUUGGUGAGAGGUUCCUUAUUUAUAAACAAUGAACAUCUUUUUACAGAAACUGAAUUUGGUGUAGAAACCCAUUAUGUUAAACUGAUAA